AUGAAACAUUCAAUAAAUGUGAAACUUACAUCAUCAUCAUCAUCAUCAUCAUCAUCAUCAUCAUCAUCAUCAUCAUCAUCAUCAUCAUCAUCAUCAUCAUCAUCAUCAUCAUCAUCAUCAUCAUCAUCAUCAUCAUCAUCAUCAUCAUCAUCAUCAUCAUCAUCAUCAUCAUCAUCAUCAUCAUCAUCAUCAUCAUCAUCAUCAUCAUCAUCAUCAUCAUCAUCAUCAUCAUCAUCAUCAUCAUCAUCAUCAUCAUCAUCAUCAUCAUCAUCAUCAUCAUCAUCAUCAUCAUCAUCAUCAUCAUCAUCAUCAUCAUCAUCAUCAUCAUCAUCAUCAUCAUCAUCAUCAUCAUCAUCAUCAUCAUCAUCAUCAUCAUCAUCAUCAUCAUCAUCAUCAUCAUCAUCAUCAUCAUCAUCAUCAUCAUCAUCAUCAUCAUCAUCAUCAUCAUCAUCAUCAUCAUCAUCAUCAUCAUCAUCAUCAUCAUCAUCAUCAUCAUCAUCAUCAUCAUCAUCAUCAUCAUCAUCAUCAUCAUCAUCAUCAUCAUCAUCAUCAUCAUCAUCAUCAUCAUCAUCAUCAUCAUCAUCAUCAUCAUCAUCAUCAUCAUCAUCAUCAUCAUCAUCAUCAUCAUCAUCAUCAUCAUCAUCAUCAUCAUCAUCAUCAUCAUCAUCAUCAUCAUCAUCAUCAUCAUCAUCAUCAUCAUCAUCAUCAUCAUCAUCAUCAUCAUCAUCAUCAUCAUCAUCAUGA